AUGGGCAAUUUGAAUUCCGGUACAUAUUUAGAGGAUGAUAGGAAUCCUGGCACACCUUUAGAGGACGAUAGGAAUCCUGGCACACCUUUAGAGGACGAUAUGAACCCUGGCACACCUUUAGAGGACGAUAUGAACCCUGGCACACCUUUACAGGACGAUAGGAAUCCUGGCACACCUUUAGAGGACAAUAGGAAUCCUGGCACACCUUUAGAGGACGAUAGGAAUCCCGGCACACCUUUAGAGGACAAUAGGAAUCCUGGCACACCUUCACAUGGCAACUUGAACCCUGCCAUGACUUCAGAUGAUGAUAACUGGAAUCCAGUCAAUCCUUCACAUGGCAAUUUGAAUCUGGCCACAAAAUCAGAUGGCAAGUUGAAUCCAGUCAAUCCUUCAGAUAGUAAUUCGAUUCCUCCAGAACCUUCAGAAUAG